ACUCGAACCGAAAUACACCCAAAUUCCAUUCCUCUUCCCAUCAGCAAAAAUCUGAUGGAGAGAGGAAGAGAGGUGUAUAAAUGGCUGGAUAAAGAAGUUUUCAAUCAUCAAACAAGAAUUUUAUCCCACCUUUUCCCAUUUGCUUGUCAAUUUCUGUUCAAAACCAGGUUUCUCCGGUUUGUUCUCCAAGAUUAUACCAGUGAUGAUGAUGAUGAUGAUGAUGAUGAUGAUGAUGAGGACAGUGACGAAAAUGACGAUGACAGUGACGAAAAUGACGAAAAUGACGAUGACAGUGACGAAAAUGAAGAGGACGAUGAUGAUAAAAUUGGGUUUUGUUGCAAUGUGCUGGGAGAAGCCACCCCAAUAAAUGAAAUUGCAGAGGGUUAUGUGGAAAAUGAUUGUCCAAUAUGCGGUGAGAGCAUUGAGUUGAGAGAAGUGAAGAUGUUGAGAUGCAGGCAUGUUUAUCAUUAUGAAUGUAUUUGGGGUUGGGCCAGCAGGGGCAAUUCUACCUGCCCUCUCUGCAUUCGCCCAUUCUAAUCCACUUGAUAUGCUCGGCCUAACCAGUUCUGUAAAUUUUUUAUUAAGAAAGAUGAUAUGAGCAAAUUAAACUUAUAUGCAAACAAUAAGGAUUAGUAUUUUAAAGGUUUUUUAAAGCUCAGCUUUCAUAGAAUUUUAUUUGGGAUUUUGGGUUGUUGGUACAUUCUUUUAAGGU